CACCGCUUCCCCCAACUGUUCUGCCGCGCCACUCGGUGGGGCGUCCGCUGUGUGAGCCCGCGGCCCAGCUGCUACCAUGUGCCGGCACAGCCGGCUUCAGAGACAAGUUCUGAGUCUGUACCGCGAGUUGCUGCGCGCCGGGCACGGAAAGCCGGGCGCCGAGUCGCGGGUGCGGGCCGAGUUCCGGCAGCACGCCCGCCUGCCACGCUCCGACGUACUGCGCAUCGAGUACCUGUACCGCCGCGGACGGCGCCAGCUUCAGCUGCUACGCUCGGGUCACGCCACGGCCAUGGGUGCCUUUGUGAGUACGCGGGGCCCGACUGAGGAGUCCCCCGGCGCGGGGGCCCCAGGGACCCCACCUGACGAAGGUGACGGCCCAAGGAGACCGCUGGACAGCAUGGGGGUACCGAAGACCGCGCCGGAUGGACGGUGACCGUCACCCGGUGGCUCAGGGGAACCGGGGGCCCACCUGACUGCGUGGGGGGACUGGGGAACCGGCCUGAUGGAAGGUGAGAGGUCUUGAGAGACCAGAUCGACAGAUUGGGGGAAUUGAAGAGCCCUCCUGACGACGUAGGGUGCGAUGGCGAGAGAUGCCCGAUGUAUGGUAACGGGUCAAACUUACCCAUGAGGGCUUGGGGCAGCCUGGGUCGCCGGCUGGCUGGACUGUCAAGCUGAGAGCUACUUACCCGAAGGCCUUGGGGAGCCAGGACGCCCCGCUGUUGGACAGAAAGAGACAGACACGCCCUUCUCUAGACCCCGGAGAACAUACCACUCCUGGCUCCUCAAGGAGACUCCCUUCUUUGUAACUAUGAGGAGAGCAGACUUUUUUGCUGAGGAGUUUGGGAAGAUGCCCUGAUGGCCGGUGAGAAGCCUGAAAUCCCCUUAGAAAAAUCUUUCGCCCAUUGUGACAAACUAGGAUCGAUGAGGAAGCGGGUAGGGAGUCUCUCACCCCAGCUAAUCAAUUAAAGACCCCCUCAAGACCUCUACGUGAUACUUCUGAGGGGGACUCCCGAUUCCUGCCCCUUUCCCUGCUCAGGACUGUUGGACAAAAAGGCAAUAAAAUUGGGGAUGUGCUUACUUCCCUGUUGGUGGUCUUAAAGAUUUAAUGUUUGGGGGAAUUUUUGAAGAGGCACACACACACACACACACCAACUAGUGACCCUCUGGCAAGGGAUGGGUGUGGGGAGCUGUCUCUUCCCCUCUGGAGCCCUCUAGAAUGGCAGAUUGGUUGGAGCAGCAUAGUUCUCUCUCCUGGGCAGAUCCAUGGAGGGGACCCAGCCUGGCUUGACCCCAAAGAAGCCCCAGUAGACUCCUUAAUGGAGAGUAAUGAGGCAGGAGAGGAAUAGUGGAGCUGAGGAGACCUGGCUGGUAACCCCUGAGGUAGUAGUGGGGCCCUCAAACCUGGCUGAGGCUGGUAACCCCUGAGGUAGUAGUGGGGCCCUCAAACCAAGCCUCAGCUACAAGCUGGGAUUUUUGUUAGCAAGGCUGAGGGGUUGGGGAGGAGAGGUGGACCCAAAGGCCACAGGCAUACCUCCCCCCAUAGACCUGCCCUAGAUAUUCUCUGGAGUACUGCACUUUGCAGCCCUCAGCUGUAUUUGCACUGAUGUCGGUUAAAUAAGUGGAAAGCAGUUGAAUGCAGUUGAGAGGAGGAGGAGGGCCUCAGGAAAGGAGCCCAGACCUCAGAUCAAAGGUAGUACGGACAGAAGAGAAACACAGUCUCUGCCCCAAUCCCAGUGGGGGAGGCAGGAACCCAAAUAGUAAUAAAGUUGGGGUGCAAUUUAAAGAAUUAUAAAGUGUUUGCCAGAAUGUAGGGAUAGGCUUCCAAGCAGGGGGACCAGUGUAGGUAAAGGCCUGGAGAGGGAGAGGGGAGAAAUGCUGGGGCCUGGAGUGCCCCAGAGCACAGGCUGUGCUGUUCAUGCAAGUGGCUUCUACUUCAGCUUUGUCUCUGGUUGGUGCUCGGCCUCCACGGCCAUGUUCGUCUCUCUGCCUCAGUUUCUUUGGCCAGGGUGAUGCUGCUAAUCCUGGCCUGACUCCAUUUUGGAGUAAAAGCCGAAGUCUUGAAAGUGGCUUAAGAGGUUAAGUCCUACCUAUCCAGCCCCCAUUACAUUUCCACCUGCAUCUCCCUCCUCUUCCUCUUGCUCACUCCUGGCUCCAAGAUCUUGAGCCUUAAUAAGCUCCAGGAUGGGAGCUUCUGGCAGGGCUGCAGGCAAUGAUUGAGUUCUCACUGGGGCUGGGUAUCCCGGUCAGGAAGGGAGACAUUCACUCGGGUGUUACAGAGGAAUGGAGUUUGUCUGGUAGAGAGGAUGAGGGAGGGGAUUGCCCGAUUUGAGGGAGGAGGUUGUAGGUGAGUGAGCAGUGAUUAAGAGCAUGGACCCUGGAACUGGAAUGCCUAGGUUUGAAUCGCAGCUUCAACACUUACUGAUUACAUGAUCGGAGGCAAGUGAUUUAACCUCUUUGCGCCUCGACACCCUUAUCUGCAAAAUGGGCAUACUAAUCGUGCCUCCCUCCUGUGGCUGUUAUAAUGAUACAGUGAAUUAAAUACAUGUGGCAGCAGGUGAUGAUGUCCCAACCCCACUUGUACCUGCAGAGGAGGGUUCCCAAGAGGCAGCCAGCUUCCUGCUCUGAGCCCCUGCAUCUCUGCUUGAGGGCUUUCGGGGAAUUAUGGGGGCUGGGUUAAUACCCUUAGGAGCAAACUACAGCCUGUGGGGGACAGCAGUCACUGGAUAAGUGCCUGUUGUCUGGUGGGACAAAUGAAAUGUGUUCUACAAGGUGCCCCCAUGGGACUGAGCCCCAGUUGCUCACAGUGGCUAUCACUCCAUGAGCACGUUUUUGAUUUUCCCCUGCCCUGUCUCAUUCUCCCCACUCCCUAACUCCUGCCUCCUGGGAUCACAUCCCAAAUAAACCACCUCACUUCAGUGCUGAAGUUAAAGCCCCCCCCGUUGGUAAUCUCUGUGUCUGCUGCUGUGUUUUUCACUCUUCUAAGGCACAGGGUCAGUGCCUCUCAACCUGUCUGUUAAAAGAAUCUCCUGAUCUAAGAAAAUUGCUAUAAAGGACUUAAGGGGCUUGGAAUAACUUGGAAUAUGGAUUGUGGGUUAAUAAUAGACUUGAAUUGAGUUUUUAAAUUUCCUGAUUCCAAUAACUGUAGUUGUAUAAGAUCUGUACUUUUGAUCUUAAGAACUAUACACUGAAGUAUUUAGGAAUUAAAAGUAUCAUGUCUACAGCUUA